AUGAGUUAUCUUUUAAGAAGCAGAAAUAACUUAAUUAUUAAUAGUUCAAAUGUUUUUGAGAAUAAGCCUUUACGUAUAGAAAUUAGCAACUUUUAUAAAAUAAAAAAUUAUAAUAUAGAAUUUCCUCCAAAUGAAUCAAAUAGUGAAGAAGAAAAUUUAAGUGAUAAUGAAUAUCUAAAAAUAAAAAAACAAAUAAGAAAACGUCAUAAUGAUAUGCAUGGUGAUCAAUCUGUUUCCUAUUGUGAUUCAGGUUUCUCAAAAGAAAAAAGUUUUUUUGGAAAUACAUCAAAAUUAAAAAGAAAUUUAGAAAUAGAUAGAAGCGUUAUUGCCUCUGAUUAUCAGAUUAACAAAAAAAGUUUUGCAGAACUACAAGAUAAAAUAGAAGAAGAUAAAGAAGAGGAAUAUGAAAAUAGUACAGACAUAUUUAAUGAUAAUCCAUCUUCUGACGAAUUAAGCGAGGAUGUUUUAAAUAUGAUCAGAAAAAAAUAUGAUGAAAAAAAGUCAAAGAAUUUAAAAAUUAAAAAAAAUCAAUAUUUGUUAGAAGAUAGUGAUGUUUCAUCAGAAGUAUCAAAACAAAGAUACAAGAAAGAUAAGAAUAAUACAAAAAAAAUUAUACAAUCAAAUAACAUAUCUACCCAAUGUCCAUUCUCUGAAAAUGAUAAUCAUAUAUGUAGUAAUAUUGAUAAAGAAGACUUAAAUUUAAUAAUGCAAAAUUCAAUAAAUAAUUAUAAUUGUGCUUUAUCAAAAAAAAUUUUAAUUCAAGGAAAGAUUUUUAUUACAUUUGAUAGUAUAUAUUUUAUUUCUCUUUUUAAUGUUCUUUUUUUUAAAAAUUCUGUGAUAAGGAUAAAGUAUAAAGAUAUAAAAUCAGUAGAAAAAUUAACAGUCCUUCAUUUCAUUCCUAAUUCACUUAAAAUAAUUACAAAAUAUAAAACGUUUAUAUUUAUGUCAUUUGUACAUAGAGAUCAUGCAUAUGAUUUGAUAACUGAUAUGGUUAAAGAGAAUAGAAACACAAAAGAAAUUCCUAAAAAAGGAAUAGUAUUUCAUAUAAGAGAAGAUAAAGAUGAUGAUGAUUAUAAUUCCAAUUCAGAAGAAAGUAAAAAUGAAUAUAAAUUUAGAGAUAAAAUAAAAUGUUUAAAAAGGGAAGAACUAUUUCCUAAAUUAGAUAAUGAAGAAAACCGCUUACAUAUAGAAACAAGAAAUGGAUAUUUAGAAUUGAAUAUUGAUAUAGAAGAAAAACAAAUUUUAGAACUAAAUAAUUACGUAAAUUGUAAGAAGCACAUAAAUAGCUUAUAUGUUAAUAAAAACUUUAAAAAUAUUUUUUUAGAAUUAUUUGCAAAAUUUGAUAAUGAUAAUCCUUUGGUAAGAACUGUUUUAGAUAAAAAAGCAACAGAUUUAUCUUAUGAUAAAUUUGAAAGUCUAGAUAAAAUUUUUCAAAAAAAAAAAUGCUUAAAAUAUGAAUCCAUUUAUAACAUAUUAUUGUUUGAUGACGGUAAAAAAAUUUUCGGAUUACCAGAAAGAUCUAAUGUAAAGGAAAUUAUAAAUUUUUUCUUUUUUAAAAAUAUUAUAUCUAUUCAAAAAUCAAAUAUUUUACUGUGUAAAGUCCCAUUAGCUGGAUGUUUUCGUACAAUAAUUACAAUAAACAUAAAUAAUUUAGAAGAAAUAAGUAAUUCAACACAAAUUGAUUUUUUAUAUGAUAUAGAAUUUCUUAAAAGUACCUUUUUUAAAAGUAAAAUCGAAGGUAAUACUUUACCAAAAUUAGAAGAAACUGUUAUAAGUUUAAAAGAAUAUACUGAAAAUUCUAUUUACAAAAAAUUUAACAAAAAUAAAAUUAAAAAAAAAGAUAUAUUAAUAGAUGAUAAAAAUUAUGGAAUUCAAAAAGCUUUAGUUUCUCCUCAUUCAAGUAAUGAUAAUAUUAAUAAAAAUUCUAAAAUGAUGAAAUUAGAUGAUCAAUUCACAUAUUUAGAAACUCAUUUUAAGUGGUUAAAUGAUCUUUCAUAUCAUAGAGGCGGUAAAAAACAUACAUAUAUAUAUUAUAUAAAUAUUUUCACUUUUAAUUCAUAUAUAUAUAUAUUACAUGUACUUUAUUAUAAUUAA